UCUAACCAGCGCGAAAAGGUGUUUUUUUCAUUCUGUAAACAUGAAAUUUUUUGUCUGCUUAUUAGCGCUGACUCUCUUCCUGUAUCUUGGUCAAACUCAGGCACAAUGCCCCAAUACGCCACAGCACUAUAGUUGUAGUGGAGGAGCUCAUAGCGGCAGUAUCGCCGAUCAUUGCCGUGGUGGUGUAAGGUGGUGGUAUAAUUCUGGUAGUGGAAGAUGCGCUAGCUUCUAUUAUAACGGUUGUGGUGGCAAUGCGAACCGUUACUGUUCACUUGCAGCCUGUCAGCAAAGAUGUGCGUACCAUGGCUAGGAUAUGAGUGGCGGCGAAAAAGUGUACAAUAAAUCAGUACAAAAACUAAUCGCCAGUUAUAUAUGUACAUCUUUAUGUGUUUUGAUUUCAAUUUUAAUUACUUUUUAAA